UCACCAAAUGAAUGACCAUAGAGCAUAUUGGUCUUUACAAAUACUCAAAAAAGUGUUGAUGCUUUCUAUAGUAAAUUACAACCAACCAAACAGAAAUUUUAGACAUUUUAUUUGUGUUAAGCAAGUUUAAUAUCACAUAAAUAAAGCUUGAUAAACAAGAGUAUCAAUAAAUUUAUAUGUCAACAGCGUUAUUAUAAUCAUCAUCGACAAAUGGAAGUGUUUCAUGGUGGAGAAAAACUUACAAUCUGCAUAAUCAGCUGUCAGUGAAAUAGAUCAUCUGUCCCUGUAAAUAUAAAAGCUGAAACAAUCAUAACACAUUUUAUAUCAGUGAAUGUAAAUAAUGAGGUAAACAAUCUCGGUACAAUGUGACCCUGAAUGUGCAUACGACGGCAGGGAUAUCAAAGCAGAUAUGGGAUAAUAACCUAUCAUCGGAGCGAGGUGGUACUGUCCCGCUAUGGCUGGACAUCCGUGAGCUGUCGCGCAUGUUUCUUCACCAGAAUAUCAUUGAAAAGUGAAAUAUGUCCGGCGACUUUCCCUUCGUGGCAAAGAUAGUGAGCCCAGUGAAGUGCAAUGAGAAACCUUGGAAUCAUUGGGUGAGCGAGAUUGGGCAUGUGUCGCCGCGGCGGGACGAUGAGGUGUUCACGUCGCCGGCGCCGGUGGAGAAGGGCGGGGCGUCCGCCCGCCGCAGUCACGACUCGCACCCAUACAAGGUGUCGGAUCGGGCACGGUACAGGCGCGCGGGCCUCAACCGCCUCAAGUAUGAGAGCAUGAGCCUCCACGGUCUGUUCCCCCAGAUGGACAAUUUAAACGCGGCUGUGUGUCACAUGUGCGGUGAUAUAGUGAAAUGUAGUGCGGCUUAUAGACAUUUGCUGGACUCUCAUUCGGGUAUGGACCCUCUUUUACCGCCGCCGCCGCCUGCAACCACAGUCAGGAAUCGGAGCCGGCAUAAAAAGGAAGCACCACCUCCCUUACCUGUAGACCUGAUGCCAGUGAAGAUGGAGACUUCACCAGUUCACAAUGCUACCGCCCCACUGUCAAGGAUAGUUUUACCGCAGCCAGAGCUGCAGUAUCUGGAUGAAGCUAGUACAUCCUCAGCAGUGACUGGGGAAGUUCAAGUGUGUGUAGAAAGUGGAGAGUUACCUGUGGUCAGUAUACAGGAUACAGAGGAUUUGCCGCUUGGAGAAAAUAUAACUGAUGAUAUAUUUGCAAUUAUGAACUCUGAAGGCAUUCAAAGUGCUGAUGACAUUACAAAUGCUGCAGACUGGAAGAAUAUUAUAAGAGAUAUAGGUAAUAUGCAAGAGAUUAAUUUUCCCCAAACCACCGAACCUGUACAAUCACAAGAUUUGUAUGGGCAAAUACAUGCACCAAACCUGUCCGCAUAUACAUUAUCAGAUACUGAUUUAAGUAAUAUCCAGUUUGCACCGAAUACUUCCCCAAUGCUACCAUCUGUGAUAGAUGCGAACGUUCACAGCACGCAAGCUUUAAAACCGCGGGCGUCUACGCCGAGCACGCCCUCCACCAAGUCACAAUCUAGAUCAAAAACAAGCAAAACGAAAUUUAAUUUACGAGAAUACGACCCGAACAAACACUGCGGCGUGGUCACUGUAGAGAAUCCGAAACCUUGCACAAGGUCCUUGACUUGUAAGGCUCACGCACUGUCCCUGAGGAGGACGGUGGACGGCCGGUCGAAGCCAUUCGACACGCUGCUAGCGGAGCACCGAGCGUCGCGAGACGCGGGCGCGACGGCCGCAGCCGCAGCCACGACCGCAGCCGCCGCGCCGCUCGUGCUGCACACACCCGCGCCGGCGCCAGUGCCGGCCGCGCCGCCCGCUUCUGUGCCGCUCAACCUCCCACCGCUCCUAGUCAAUACGAUAGAUCUCAGCACCUUCAAUGGGCUCACGGCCGAGCAACAGGUGCACGUAGAGAACAUCUACGAGAGCCUCCUCAAUGUAGACGAUCCCAAUUCGGUGCUGCCGGAUACGUCAAGUAUCACCUCGCUGCUCAGCCAGCCAUUGACGACGGACCCGUUUAUAAUGCCGGACGACGCGGAGAUACCUACCACCGUGCCCAUACUGAGUAUAACACCGCCCGUGGAGCCCGCGCCGUCCGCGCGGAUAGACGAGAAGCCGGAUGAGGGACCGCCACCCCUCGUCCCUUCCGACGUGUGCUGGUACUCGUCGUGUCCGCGUCCCCUCGCCCUCUGUACCUUCAACGCGUCGCAUGCCGGCGGCGCGAUUACAUUAGGAAAAAAAUUCGCCACCGUACGGAGUAACAUAAAGUCUUCGCUGUCACGGUCGCAGUGCAAGUCGACGGGCGGCACGAACAAUUAUUACUACAAUCAGAACGCCCUGUCGUUGUCGAAAAGUGUGCAUAUGAACGCUAGUAAAACGAAUAAGCCGGAAGUGCGUAAACUCAUAGUGACGUGUAGUGCUACUAGUAGUGGUAAUAAGGAGGUGCAACAGACGUUGAGUGAACUGUUCGGUGGUAGUGAGGUGCGGCACACGAUGAAUGGACACGUGGGGCACAUGGGGCUCGCGGGCGCAGCGGGGCACAAGCCCCGGUCGAGCGGCGGCUCGCUGAAGCACUCGAAGCGGCCGUCGCCCGCCGUGCUCGACCUCGGCUUCUCCCUCGACGUUCUCGCCGACGAGAAGUGCUGAGCGUUAUAAGCAAUCAUCGGUUGUGUAGUCGCAUAUUGUAUAUUUAUUUUUCUGUAAAGAAUCGAAUCGGACUCACGUUGUAAAAAGUAAAGUAAUCACGAAUUUUAUCCCGAUCGGAGUUUAAUGUUACGAUAAUGUUAAAUCUCAUUUUUUUGUCGAGAAGCGAAUUAAUAUUUGUAUUAUUUUGUAUAUUAUUUAUAAGAUUUUUUUUAAAAAAAAAACAACAUCUCCGAUGCAAAGUCGGUCUGUGUCAAUGAAUUAAAAUAGCUUAAUAUACAGAAUGGUUGUAUUUUUUCGAAAUGACAUAUUACACAUUGUUGAUACUGAUUGAAUACUGAUAAAUGGCCUAGAUUAAUAAUGGUUUAAUGUGAUGAAAAUUUCCAUGUAAAAAUAUAAAUACUAUGAUAAGUCUAUCCGUAAUAGUAAAACGCCUCCUUUUGAAAAUAAAGGCAAAUACCUCAAUAACUAAAA